ACAAAUAAAAGCGGGACAAUAGGCUUUUCCCCAGAGGGGUCACUUGGUUCUCACUCCAAUCGAAGGAGUUGACUCCAUGUGGAUAUGAAGCAGCGUUUGUCACACCUUAAUGCGAUCCGGAUGUGAUUUUAGGCAGCGGUUUCAUGACCGUUUUUUUGUCUGUCUGCAGAGCACGGUGGACAAGCUGAUUAAAAAGACGAACCUGGCUCUGGUGGUGGGGAGCAGCAGCUGGAGGGAACAAUUUGUUAGCGCCGUCACUGUCAGUGCAGGUGAUGACGAUGAGGAAGAAAGCGGAGAAGAGCGCCUGCCCUCCUGCUUUGAUUACAUAAUGCAUUUCCUGACAGUUUUCUGGAAAGUGCUCUUUGCUUUCGUCCCACCCACCGAGUACUGGAACGGCUGGGCCUGCUUCUUUGUGUCCAUCUCGUUAAUUGGCAUCCUGACAGCCGUGACCGGGGAUCUGGCCUCUCAUUUCGGGUGCACCGUCGGGUUGAAGGACUCGGUCACCGCCGUGGUGUUCGUGGCCCUGGGCACGUCUGUCCCAGGUGGGUGCCCACUGUCGUUACAUCUGAUGUUUGCCUCCGCUGCAGGAGCAGCUGUUUGGGAAGAACCGGGUGACCUUUGACUCUGUCUUUGUCUUAACAUGUUCUUCUUGAGUCAUUGUAUCUCAAACAUUGUCGAGAACUUUUGCGUUCGAUGUGCUUUGGCUGAACGCAAUUUGGUUUGGGUGUUAUUGGGUAGGGCGGCCUGGUGGCCCAGUGGUUAGCGCG